UCAUUAUUAGAGUUCACCCACAUAUAUAAUAUUUAUAUAUUUAUAUAUAUACACCCAAAAUAACAGCAACUCAUCCCCAUUUAUUAGCAACAACCAUAUUGAUUUUUUCAAACCCAUGCUCUUCUCGUGCCUCUUUCUCUACAACUCCAUGAACUAGUCAAUCUCUUUUGUAAUCAUCAUUAUUAUAACUUUCUUGUACAUAUAAUAAAUAUAUAUAUAUAUAUAUAUACAUACAGUGAUAUAUACUUUAGCUUAGCUCUAGCUAUACACAAAACAGAAUUUUUUAAGAAAAACUUACAGAGAGGUCCUUUCAUGGCUGCCUGUGGAAGUUUACAACACAUCUUUGAAAACCCAUUACCCGAAAAUCCAACACUUCUUGAAUCACUUUCUCCAUGGAACCAAAUCAAACCUGUAAAUAAACCAAAUAUUGAUCAAUCUUCUUUCACUGAAAUCUUUGGUGAGCUUCAUUUCAAAGAAAGCACCUCUCUUUUUUCAUCAUCAUCAUCAUCUUCUUCUAUGAUAGAUUUCGAUUCGAAAUCUAAGAAAACAUCAGCAUUUGAAAACUCUUUCUCGAGUUCAUCAUCAAAGUACACAAACACACACAAAAAGAGUGAGAGUUUCUCUUUGAAAAGCUUUGAAAGUUUGCAACUUUGUACUGAGGGACUCGGUUUUGAGAGCUCUGGUGAGGUUGAUGAUUUGAUGUUGAAGAACAAUACUAAUUCUAUAAAGGAAGAUGAUGAUGAUGAAGAUGGUGAUCAUAACAAGGAUGUUCGAGAAAACUCGGUGGAGAAAGAAUCAAGUGUUGUUGGAAAGAGUAGUAGUACUAAUUUCUCUAACUUUUGCAGUGAAAUUGUUCGAAGAUCAAGGAGGGGAACGGCGAUGAACACCACCACCGCGGGAGGAGGAGGAGUAGUAGGAGGAGGAGGAGGAAGAUUCCCACCACCGAUAUCUAGUUUGAGCAAGAGUAAUGGAAAGCCUUGGGUGUGUUUCAAGUCUUAUAGACAAGAUGGGAGGUUUGUAUUGAAAGAGGUUAGAGUUCAAAGCCAGGAAUUUCUCCAUGCUUGUAGGGAAGAUGGCCGGUUGAAGCUCCACUUUGUUCAACCAAAUGUCGACGAUGAAGAUGGCGAAAAUGAUGAGGAGGAUGAUGAAGAUGAUCAUGAUGAUGAUGAUGAUGAUGAACAUGAGCAGAAUGGUGAGGAUGAUGCUGCUGCUGCUGUUAAUGAAGAUUGUGAUAAUGUAAGGUCUGAAUUAGGCCAUACCAUAAAUGAAUUAAGGAAAAAAGAAGAUAAUUGAGUACAAAAGAAUGAUUAUAAGUGAAGUAUAGAUUUUCAUGUAAGGUUUGUUUUCUUCUUCUCUGUGAUUAAUUCCUAAAAAAAAUCCUGAAAAUACAAGGAAAUAAAUGUGAAAAUCCCUUCUUCUUUUCUGUUUAA